AUGACUACUAAUCAACCAAAAACAAUUCCUGCUUAUACCGUUGGAGAUUAUUUAUCAUUCGCUGCAGCUGGUGCUGUUGGUUGUGGUGCAACUCACGGUGCUAUGACACCAAUUGAUGUUGUUAAAACUAGAAUUCAAUUAGAACCAACUGUUUAUAAUAAAGGUAUGAUUGGUUCAUUUAGACAAAUUAUUGGUACUGAAGGUGUUGGUGCUUUGUUAACUGGUUUAGGACCAACUAUUUUAGGUUAUUCAUUACAAGGUGCUUUUAAAUUUGGUGGUUAUGAAUUAUUUAAAAAACAAUUUGUUGAUUAUUUAGGAUAUGAUACUGCUAAACAAUAUAAAAAUUCAAUUUAUAUUGGUUCAUCAGCUUUAGCUGAAUUUUUUGCUGAUAUUGCUUUAUGUCCAUUAGAAGCAACAAGAAUUAGAUUAGUUUCUCAACCAACUUUUGCUAAUGGUUUAGUUUCAGGUUUUACUAAAAUUGCAUCUGAAGAAGGUAUUGGUUCAUUUUAUAAUGGUUUUACUCCAAUUUUAUUUAAACAAAUUCCUUAUAAUAUUGCUAAAUUUUUAGUUUUUGAAAGAGCAGCUGAAGCUAUUUACGGUUCAAUUUCAACUCCAAAAAAUCAAUUAAGUUCAACUACUACUACUGCUGUUAAUUUAUCAGCUGGUAUUAUUGCUGGUUGUGCUGCUGCUAUUGUUUCACAACCUGCUGAUACCUUAUUAUCAAAAGUUAAUAAAACUAAAAAAGCUCCAGGUCAAUCAACUUUAGGUUUAUUAGCUCAAUUAGCUGGUCAAUUAGGUUUCAAAGGUUCUUUUGCUGGUUUACCAACAAGAUUGGUUAUGGUUGGUACUUUAACUUCAUUACAAUUUACAAUUUAUGGUUCAUUGAAAAAAUCUUUAAAUUGUCCACCAGGUGUUGAAUUGUAA